AUGAGUCUUUGGUGGCUUUGUCCUGCCAUCAUACUUAUCCAAAGCUUUAUAUUAUGUGAUUCUAAUACGUGCUCAAAGAAUGUGGACUGUAUUAACGGCAUUUGCAAGAGUGGACAAUGUGAUUGUGUCGGGAAUUAUUGGUGGGGCGAUUAUUGCCAGUAUUGCCGAGAACGGUGAGAACUGUUUGUUUUGAUCGUGACUCGCAUGAAUGAAAGUUAUUUUUACAACUUUCAUUAAGCUUAUAUCAUGUUUUUCUUAUAAGUAAACCGUACUGAAGAUCUUAAGUACCCUAAACAUCGCAAUAACUUUAUAAAUUUAUUCGAAAAUCUUCAUCCAAAUAUGUACGUGCUCAUCAGUUCAGGUUGGCUUUUAUAAUAUUAUUGAAGCUUGUCCAUCAAACAAGUUUUAAUAGCAACUUGAGCUUUGUGGAUGUAUUCACGGCGUAGUUGUCGGGUUUUUGUUGUCAUAAUAUUUUGCUUAACCUCGCACGAUCUUUGUUCUUCAGGUCUAAUAAAGGAUUUUAAAGAAUCUGUUUCUUAUUUACUUCUUAAUUUGAUAAGGAAACAAAAAGUGCCUUGAUUUUUGUCAUACAUGAUGCACGUGAAAUUAUUUUCUAAAUUAGCAAUUCCUUUUAAUAAUUUGACAGUUGUUUGUAAUAGUUUUCAACAGGCCUCACUUCUGUGUCUUUUGAUCCAAAGCGACUUAAAACAAGGAUGUAAAAAUACUGAUGAUGUAAAGGAAAAACAGUAGAGUAUGCAAUAGUUGUGUUAGAUGCCAAAUUGAUAGCCCCUGAUCAUCAAGGGUAGAUAUUUUAUAGCUGUAAAGUUGCCAUGAUGGAAAGCAUAACUUUCCACCCCAACAUCUUUAACCCGGGAUUCCAUAUAUGAUAUAAGGGACCUUAAGCAAGGACGAUGACGACAGCGUUCUUUCAAACUUAAUCGCGUCUAUUUGGACCUGCUCAAAAUGUCAAAUGUAGGUGACGUUUCCAGGAGUUGAAUUCUUAAGGAUUUUAUUCAGGUUCAAAAAGAGGUUGGAAGAUUCGUCAUCGUAUGUCCACGUCCUCCAUAAAACAUCAAAUAAGGAGGUUUCACGUCGUAGUUGUGCAGUGGACGUCAAAGAAAUAUGCUUAAAAGCGUGAUGCACGUGCAGAGCUGUUGUUUUGAACAUUAAACCUGUUGUUUUUUUUGAAGUCAUUGUUGUGGUCAUCAUCGUAGUUGCUUAAGCUCUCUAUUACUACUACGAUAGCUAAAAAAGAGCAUGAUCAAACUAGCUAUAAAACAGUUGUAGUUAUCAUACAGAAAAAAAUGGUUGGCAGACAUACAGGAUCUGGAUUUGGAGCACUGGGCCACACAGCCCCAAAAAGAAUUUCCAGGGGUACCCCUGCCCCCUCCCCUUCGGGCAAUCAAAAUGCUAGCCGAAUAGUCAUGAUAGAUUUGGAGGUGCAUGCGGCAUCUUUCAAGUCUUCAUAGGGUUGAACCUCCACCAAGCAGCCUCCUAUUAAGGUGGCUGAACACAGUUUUGGCAGUUUGUGAUUAUAUGUCAUUUGCCAAAUCAUGGUAAGAGAAAGGUUGCUGCUCACAAGCUGAAGCUUGGCAAGUGAAAAAUGUACUGAUGAAAGAUUUUGAUUGACAGGUAAAAAUUGACAUUUUCGUAGUUUCCUUGGCAACAUGAUUGAUUAAAUACAACCUUAAAAUUUCACUUUUUCUCAGUUUACAUAAAAUUCGCUCAUUCACGAAUUUUACUAUAAACUUGCACAUAGCUUUGCUAUAAUUAAUAAUUACCAUUUGAAACUUAUUCGAUCAAAUUUUAACAGACAGGUUUUUAGAUAAUCAAUAGUUUUUUAUUGUACUGUAAUUAUUAAAUGUGUCAUAAAAUCUUUCAUUUUAAAGUUCUCAUUACUUAAAAUACGAUAAAAGGAAAAAUUCUGCCAAAUUAUAUCACAAAUUCUAAUGAGUAGAUUUUGCAAAAUCAUCUUCUGUGUACCAUUGCUUUUUUGCCACUAUGUUUGUUUGCAGUCACACAAGUUACCACUGGCCGUCUGCAAAACUGUGUUCAGCCACCUUAAAUGGUCACUUUUUUUUGUUUCCCUUCAUAUUCAAACUUGUAUGAGAGGCCAAUCUACUGACUUCUGUGUGUGUAUCCUUGUUGUGCAGACGCACAUAUGCAGAAACAAAUGAACGGAAGAUAACUGAAGGAAAGCAGAAAUCUUUACCAUCCAAAUGUGCCUGGCUUAUUGAGUUAAAUACGUAAGUGUUACAAUUAAGCAAUAGACCACACUUUCUAUGGGUUUACCGGCGUGAUAAACCCACGCGGGAUGGUGGGAGAACCCGAGAAAAGUUCGGCUCAUGAUUUACAAGCUUUUCGAUUGUUCUCCCAACAUCCCAAGUGGGUUUAUCAUGCCAGUAAACCCAUAGAAAGUGUGGUCUAAUGCUUUUAUAAAUAACUUUAAAGGAUGUUUCAGUUUUCUAUGAGUUUACCAGCACAAUAAACCAUAGGUUUUUAACCAGUCAGAAUGCACAUACUACCUAAUAGUUAUUUUAUAAAGAUGAAUAUAACACUAACCUUUAUAUACAAUGAAAGUUAUUUGAAAUUUACAUUGAGUAUAGAUUUGUACAAGUUUUCAGCUUUAUAGGGAAGAGCUACAGUGUAUAUAUAUACUACAAUAAUGGUAGCAUGCCAGUUGAUGUGUAUGCACGCCUGUUGGCAGACCACUCAAAAAAGGGCUAGAGCAUUAUAAUCAAGGAGAUCUGAUAUCAAUUUAGAAAUCCGACUUGGCAUUUUAUUACUAGUUAUUUUCAUACUGCACGGAUCUUAUGUUCAUAUCAGAUCACCUAGAUUACACUACAAUUGUAGGUACAAGAAUUAACAGUCUACCAGUAAAACUAGUAUUAAAUAACCAUAGGUUAUGGAAUGUGGGCGGCAAUGGCCAAACAUCAAAAUGCUCUUGCUCCCACACUGUGAAUAUAUGUAAGUUUCAUGCAACAUACAGAUUUCAAAACACAAUUUUAAAUCCCACAAUUACCAGCCAUGUGGAUAGCCCAUUAACUGGGGGUCAGUGUUUUGUCCACCCUCCUAUAGAUUGUCGUUAUCAGUACCACUGGAAUGUAUGGUGAACAGUGUGGAAAUUAUGCAGGCUGAUAAACAAAAUUCAUUGGAUGAGGGUUUUGUGUCUCGAAUAAAUAUAAUCUUGACCUUGGGUACUUCAGAUAUCUGAAAAAAAAAAAUCUAAUAAUUGUUUUAUUAUACAUGUAAAUUGUUGUCAAAAUAUAAAAUAACAAACACACUGUCGUGUGGAACACAGUUUACUGACAUUGCUCUAUGUAUUCGCUUGCAGAUUACUUAUCUGUAGGUAAUAAUGUGCUGAUUUCCAAAGUUAACUGCAGGCAGUCUUAGCUUGUGAGAAGACAGAUAGUGAGAACAGUAUAGUAAUAAUGUUUAAUUAAAGGAAUAACGAGAAUAAAUACCAUAAUUUCCUAUAAAGUUUACUGAGGCUUUUCCUUUUAUCUUUUUCAGACCUAGAAAUAACAGAUCUAUUAUAGUGAACGUAAAUGAAUUUAAUGGUGCUAGCUGUGGUAACAGACGGUUGAACAUUUAUGAUGGAAGUUCAGUUCAUUCCCCACUCCUAGCAGUUGUCAGGUAGGAUUAUUUGACCAUCAAUGGUGCUCUUCAACUUGCAAGGUUGUUCCUUUUGCACAGGAAAAAAUAACGGAUUCCCAUUUUUGGAUAUUUUUAGGUAUUUAAAGAAUACCCACAAAAAUCCCAAAUUUGGAAGAGUGAGACAAGACCCAAUCUGGGAACUUGGUUGGGAAUUCGCUGGUUGGGACUUGUCUCACUUUGCCAAAUUUGGGAUUUUUAUGGGUAUUCUUUAAAUACCCAAAAAUAUCCAAAAAUGGGAAUCCGUUAUUUUUUCCUGUGUUGUAUAGUCAUCGGCCUAUUUAGAUAAUGCACGUGAUGGAGAUCUGCUGACAUUUCUUAUUGAUCAUUGGAAAUAAUGGAAUUGACCCUUUUGAUCGAUCAUCGUAGAUAUAAAAAGACUAAUUUUUAUAACAAUUCCUUUCUUGUGCAAGUCAAAGUACAUGUCAUACAAAUUUUUCAUUUUUUGUUUACCUUGGACCACUGUAAAAAGCUGAAUUUUUUCUGUGCCUUUGGGCAAUCAAAUUUUUUUUGAACUUUAAUUAUAAGACCAUUAAAAAGCCAACACAUUAGACCCCAUUUUUUUUGUUGCUAACAAGAAAUUUUAUUUUUUUCCCCACGAUAAUCAAUGGAACAUUUUUCAUAAUUGAUUAUUGCAUUGCCUAAAGAUUUUGAAUGAUGAUCAAAUAUUGAUUGGCAUACCACUAGAUAGCUUCCUCCUUUAUCUGGAUAAUUCUUCAGAUUACACUUAGCCUCGUCCAAUAAUCGCUAAUUAUUAUUUUAGUGACAUUAUUUCCACUGCAACAAGAGCAAACUGGGAAUUACCGCUGCUUCAGCUAAGAGCAAAAUCUGGGUCAGCAUUCAUCGUGCUUGCAGGAAAAGAAGAAAGUUCCCAUAGUGGAAACUGUUGGUUAAAUAUCACUUACAGGUACUAGUGAAGGGUUAGUUGGAAGAAAGCUCUGAGUGGCUAAUUCUGAUAAACAGCAAGAUUCUCCUUGAACCUAAUUAACAAAACAAACACCCACAUGUAGCUUUUCAAUUCCUUGUCUAAUAAUAAUAAUAAUAAUAAUAAUAAUAAUCUUUAUUAAUUCAUAAGAUAAAAACUACAUAUAUGUUAAAAAACUUCCAAUUUUGAACUAAGUUACAUUGGAAUAAUUACAGGGCUAUUAAAUCAUAUCUAAGGUGAUUCUUUAGUAAAGAGCCUAACAUAGAUUGUACUGAUAAAACUUGGUACACUGAUGUAACAAGUCCAAAAGAUGAUAAAAAAGUAAUAAAAAGUGGGGGUCACCGUGCUCGUUUUGACGUCACAUUAUGCUGACAAAUACAGCUAUUUAGGACCCUUUGACAAAAACCGCGGGCUGCCCAAAACUAGACAAAAAGGAGAGAUUUUUUCGAUGAUGCAUGUGGUAUCGCACAGAAUUUGACUUAAAUGUAUUGUCUAUCCACUUACGUAUCAGAAAAAUGCCUUUUAAUGCCCUUGUUUUUACUUUACGCUCCAAAGUAGAAUUAAAUUGGACACGCGCUUUUCGACCCGUGAUAGCUCAAUCCGUACAAUUUAGUAUAAAAAUUGCCAAAAAACUGAACAAAGAUUAGUGCCAAUUUUUUUCCUCAUUGAAAGGAAGCACUGUCCUUAUUAAAAUCAUGAAAUAAAAAAUGGGGGUUACCGUACUCAUUUUUGCGGUAGAGCUGCAGAAAGUGCGCACCAAAUGCAUUUUCUCCGAUUUUUGAGAGAGGACUGGGGCGAGUUUGAAAAUAGAAUGUAUGUGAAAGGGGGAAGAAAGAAUUAAAAAAUCCAUUUUUACAGAAUUUACAUAGAGAUAUCAUAUUUAGGACACAAUUUGAUAAAGAAAGUGUUUAAAUGAAAAUCAAAGUGAGUAAGCACAAGUUAAACAUCCACCAUCGAGGUUCUCAGAGAGGAAGUAGAACUCAGCAACAUGCGUACUGCUUACGUUAUGCACCUUUCCAACACAUUGAGUCUCACCUCGGCAAGGAACAACAGCAAGCAAAAAUUCCAAUAGCGUUUCUCUUUAGUCAACUUCAUUUAAAUAAUGUUAAUUCACAUACUCUUUUUUACGGCGGCCACCUUGUUAUGCGCAGUAAGAGAUGCACAGUGCAAAACCAGGGAAUCACCUUAAAUAACAAAUAGGGGAUAUCACGUGGCCGUGCGGAGAUGCGAAAUUUCUCUCCGAGUGUUGAAAAAUAUUUCACAAAUGAGCGCAGCGAACAUUGUGAAAUAUUUUCAACACUUGAAGAGAAAUUUUGUAUCUCAAAGUGUUCAUGUAAAAAUUAUGUUCUAUUAUUUAUUGUAUAAACACUAACGAAAUACCAAACCAUUUCACUUAAACAGUUUUUUUUCCUUGCAAAGGGUGCGAUUUAUUAUGUAGCUAUAGCAAUGGUUAUCUUUUCACAUGUGAAAAUAACAUCUUAUUUUCACGUGUGAAGAUAUCAUGUUUUAAUGCAAAAGCUCACCUGGUAUAUUUCAUUGGUGUUUAUACAAUAAUAAAAAAUCUAAAAGUUAUUAACUCAUUUACAAAAUACCAAUAAUAUAUUGCAUAUACCCUGGGCAACUUCACCACUGCUCUGCUUUAUUUUUUGUGUGUACCUUUGACGUUGUAGUUUUGAAGAAGAGUGCUCCACAAAAUGCCACAGUUAUGGUGUGUGUGCUAAAAGGUCCAGUCAAACUUGUAAAUGUGAUCCUGGUUGGAUGUCCAGUAACUGCAGUUUACCAACAUGUCCUGUUCCAUGCAAUGAUGGCUCAUGUGAUGUGAAGACUAGGAAGUGCAACUGUGCUUAUGGAUUUACAGGUACAUGUCUGUGAUUAGGUGGUAAUAUUAAUUUUUAUAAACUUCUAAUUAAUGUUGUGAAAUAGAAUUAAUAUGCAUGUGCAUGAAUUAAUUCAAUAUUUCAAACAAUAUUGGUAUGUGUAAGCGAAUGUUAGAGAAUUAUUUCGUACACUUUUUGUCUAAAUUCUAUAUGAUUUACCGGGUCUUGCCUUAUAUCAUGAGCAUACCUUUUGAUUACCCAUGAAUAUUAUUGAUUAACCAUUAUAAUUUAUAGGUGACAAAUAUAAUGAGUUCACAAGACAAGGGGUUUCCAAACCUGGAUGCCAUUUUGGCACAGUAGGAUUUAAAGUUGCCUUAUAGCAACACUGUAAUUUCACAUGAUGGUGAAAUUAUAUUAACACUGAAAUCUCGCACCAGAAUUAAGGAAUGGUUUGUCACCCAUGUUAUUAUGUAUCUGCAUAAUCCCCUCAAUGUGGAAGUACAAGUGUGUAAACUUUCAGUAUUUCCUCAUGUAGACUUUUGAGCAAAACAUGUUCAAUUAAGCCAGGUAACAUAAAAUGAGCAACAGUAACAGAGAGUAACUGAAAGACUUUAAAAAAAGGCUUUAACGUCAGAUUCAAGUACCUUAACUUGACUUUGACGAUUCUGCUUGUGGAAAAUGAAAGAAGUCUAUGUAAAAAAAAAUGUAGUGCCUUUCAGUGGACUGCAAGCAAAAGGGGUAGUACUGUAGCUGGUAGUGCUAGUUCUCUUGGAGUGUAUGCGGUAUUGUUUUAUGUACUUGAUGAUGUUGUAUUUCAGGGGAAUCUUGUAACAUAAAUGACAACAGAAGUCAUUGGAGUUCACCAGUAGCAAACAACCAAGGUAUUUGCUCAUGAUAAAGUCAUCUUUAGAGCUGCUAUCAUUAAAACCAAAAUACAAAUUAGUGUUCUAAUACAUUAUUAAAAUUUUUUACAGCAUACAUGUAGGAAUAAUUUCUGUGCUUGGUUCUCUUGACAGGACUUCUGAUGUUUCGUGGAAAAAGAAGCAAAAUGUCGCGGGAUUUUCAGGGGCAAAUUUGUGGAAAAAUCGGCUGAUUUCGCGGGAUUUUCGCGGGGGAAAAUACAAAAUUCGCAGAAAAAUCGGCCAAUUUCGCGGGAUUUUAGAGGAAAAAAGUCAAAUUUCGAAGGAUUUUCAGGGGCAAAUUCUUAGAAAAAUCGGCCAAUUUCACGGGAAAUUUCGGGGGGCAAACUACGCCAAGAAACAAUCAGUAAAAAACAGCCGAUUUCGCUGGGGUUUUUUUGGUAAAUUUCGCUAAAUUCGAUCAAUUUUGCGUCAAUAUGACCAGCGUUGUUUAACGUUUUUUAAACAGGGAUAAUCAUUUGCUCUUUCAACAACAGUUCGCUCGAGAAAUGAGCGAAUGCUAAAGCUAUUAACAUUAUGGUUAGUGCCCAGUUUUUCGCAACAUUAAUCUAAGAACGCCUGGUAGUUUUGGGACGUUGUUUACUCGUUGCAGUGACGAAGUUUCAAGAUAAAUUUGGACAUUUGGGGUGAAUAAAACAGGUCUAAUAGCCAAGAUAAGUAUUAAAUAUGUUUUGCCGACAUGUAUUUGGAAAUAUUUCUGGCGGAGUUCGCGGUAUUUCUCGUUUUUUGGGGAAUUUCGCGGGAUUUCACGGAAAUACCUGAAUUUCGAGGGUCCGCGACCGCGUGAAAUAUCAGAAGCCCUGUCUUGAAAAAUCUUGAAAAGAAAAUUACAGAGUCAAGAAUAUGUUGGGUCAUUUUUGGAGAGCAAGAAGUAAUGGGAGGCAGACAAAACACUAACCCGGCUUCAAGUACUUUGACUACCCCAUUAGACUACCUAUUGAAUAGACUGUAGUGCUAGCUACAUGAAGUACCUUAAACCAGUAAAAUUAUUCCAGAUGUAGUCCUUUUGGGUGGUCCAUGAGGGUAGUCUAUGGACCAGGGUUCAGAGAUUUGUCCACCACCAUUUUCCAUCUCCUUAAUUUAUCUCAAGACUUUCUAGAUGGUGUUUCAUCUCAUGCAAUGGCAAACAUUGGAAAUUAUAUAUGGCUGUAUGGUGGAUUGACUUUUUCCAAAGGACCACUGGAUACCCUAGCGAGGUACUUGUACAUGUAUUGUCAUAUUACACUGGUCAUUUUAAACCAUUAUUCGAAAAUAAUUAAAGAGGAAACAAUAUGCAAUGCAACCUAAUUUUGGUAACAUUACACUGUUAACCUUUGGUUUCAUUUAUUUUGCAAUGUUGCCCACUCUGAAAUUUUUGGAGGGAAAAAAUUUCUCUUGUUAGAUGUCUUGUGACCUCAAAGUAACCAAUGAGAAUGCACACUGUUGAAGGUUUUUUUCCAGCCAUAUGAAAAUAUUAAGUUUUAUGUUUUGUUCUCUUGGGCUGAGUUGUUGAAAAGGUGGAUAAUGCUAUCCACUGGAUGAAUCUGAAUCUUUAUCCAGCAGAUAGCCCAAUUGUCUUCCCUAAUACUUAUUUGCUGGAUAGCGCUAUGCAACAUUUGAACAACCAGGGCCUGGUGCUGUAGCACUGAACUGUUAAUUCCUCAUCUUUACUGCAUUGUCUCAUGAUAUCAAAUGACCUUGUUUUUUAAUCAAGGUACGACAUUAAGAAAAAUUCCUGGGAGAUUAUUCAGGCUUCCAGUCAGCUAAAUCAAGGACCAUCAGCAAGAUAUGGCCAUUCAAUGGUGGCAUUUAAUGUAAGUGUAAUACAGUUGACUCCCGAUAAUUUGAACCUUCAAGGGAAAGAGAAAAUAGUUCGAGUUAAUGGGAGUUCGAGUUAUCGAAGGUAAAAUUAUAUAGGAAGCGAUCUGAAGGGAAAUGUAAAUUGCUUUGAGUUAGCGGGAGGUUUGAGUUAUAGAGGGUUCGAGUUACCAGGAUUUGACUUUACUUCAAAUUCCUUACUUGUUAUAAGUUAUGGCAAUUAAGGUGUCUGAUCCGUGGUCAGACAAAGAAAUUAUUUGCUUUUAAAAAUUAAGCAAAAUACUUCAAAGCUAAUAUAACUAAAGGAACUUUCCGCAUUGAAAGUUUAAGACAUUACCAAAUAUGCUGUAAAUUUACUAAAAAAUUUUGAAAGUUUUCUACAAAAGUUCCAGAGUGUAAGUGUUUGAAAACUGAAAGUCUCUAGGCAUUAUGGUCAGCGCCAUUUUUCCAGCAUAAGAUUACUUGGCCGUGGAUGUGAAGUAUUUUCAGCUAAAUGAAUCUCUCAGUAUUCUAGGAGAAAGGAAAAGAUAGUUAUGGCUCAUAACGGACACCUCUAUGAGAUGGAGAUCUUGCUAAAAUGGACACCAAGAGUUGGGCCGCGGCCGGCCCCUGCCUUUCUUUACUCCCUUAAUUUAUUUGACUCUUUAUAAGAAUGACACUUGGUGCCAGGCGCAAAGGUAUCCAUCUUAGAGAGAGAGGACUGCAUGUAUCCUUUCCUGUGAAUCCUCUCACUGGAAAAUUAAAUCCCAGCAAAUAUAGCCGUAAAACAGUCAAAGAAGUGUGACUGUGGUGGAGGCAAAAGUGCUGUCCAAACGCCAGGGGCUAGUAGGAUUACAGUACAACUUGUUGGAUUAGUGAUUGAGUUUCCUCUACCAGAUUGAUGGUUUGAUUUAGAAUUUCUUUUCUUAGCUCUGAGAACAGAUUGUACUUAGAACAAUAAAUGUACCUCAUUUAACUAUGGCAUUUUACUGUUACCUUGUGUUUAUUGAUUAUUAUUGGUUCACAGAAUUCUUUGUUUGUGUUUGGUGGCAUUUGCCAAGGCAUUACUUCAAAUGAGACUUGGAUGUUUGAUACUUUAUCAAGAAAUUGGUCUCAGCUGGAUGUGAGCACCAAUGCUGGCAAACCCGUGGGUGUGGUGGGACACACGGCCACUGUUGUUGGAAAUGAGAUGAUUGUUCUCUUUGGAUAUAAUCCUGGACAAGGAUAUGUGAAUAAAACUCGGGUUUUGGACUUAGGUAAGUAUAUAGUAGGAGGCUUUUUUAUUUGCAAAUCUGUUAACUUUUUCACUACCAGAGAGAAUGCGAUCAAUUUUAGACUAUGAGUAGUCCCCCAUUUUUCCUCAGGGAUAGUAGAGCGAGCGAAACGCGAGCGCGCGUGAAAAUCACCCCACUCGUAGUCUAGAUCAAUUUAGGUUUCUAAGAAACUGCCCACCUACCCCUCCCCUAACCCAACAUUUUGCCCCAUGCUGAGUGAGCCCCAAAUGUUAACGUUGAGUUAGGGGAUGGGUAGGUGGGCAGUUUCCCAGAAACCUUAACUGAUCCAGAGAAUGAUGGGGUCGUUUAGUUUGAUUCUAAUUUUUAAGUCUUUGGAUUAAGUCUUAUGGUUCACUUUGGGGUCAUAUAAAACCUCUGGCAUCAUUUUUUUACGGCUUUUUCAUAGUGAAAUUUGGAAUUUUGUUGAAUUUAUUUGACUUUGGUCAUCACUUGGAGUGAAAGGGUUUAAAAGGUUUUACUCCCUUGAGGGGGCAGUGCAUUUACAGCAGUUAAAAGGGAUAAAAUGUAAGAUAUAUGUUGCAGUUAAUUUUUUACCUCAGGUAAUUUUUAUUUUUCUUUUGUUUCAACUUAAUUAGCACACAUUACCAUACCCAAAAACAAAAGAAAAACAAAAAUUACCUGAGAUAAAAAAUUAACUACAACAUAUACAAUUGGGGCACCUUUUAUGUUUAAAUUGGUAUAUAAAAGGUUAAGGGGUAUGACCUCAAAGCAGAGCCUCCCCGUAUAAAAGUUUUUUGAGCAACCCACUUGGGGAUUUUUCUGUAACUGAUAAAGUAGCUUUCCUUUCAACUUCUUGCAGUGACUAAAAAGUGGAGUGCCAAAGAUCCUACCACUGGCGGUGCCAGGCCAUCGUAUGGCCACAGCAGUGUGUAUGAUCCACAAACAGGAUGCAUAUUUGUACAUGGUGGGUACAGAAUGUACAACAGAACCUACCAUGCACCUUCCAGCGACACAUUCUGUUAUCAUCCGAAAAAUAAGAAAUGGAGUGCUCUGAAUUCCAGUGGUGUUUGGAGGUAUCUUCAUUCAGCUGUACUGGUUGGUAAUGCCAUGAUUGUGUACGGUGGCAGAGGGAUCCACGGGUAUUCGCCUCGUCCUCUCCUGGUGUUUGAUAUUGGUAAGUAUUCAACGUACAUGGGGAUAGUGCAAGACCUUUCUUUAUUCUUUCUUAAUUUAGUGCAUACUUAAUUUCUUGAGUUUCCGCGCAAGAAAUUGAAAGGGAGAGGGUACAAAAAUCCAAAAACAAAACAAAAACAAACAAACGUAAAGGAAAACGAAACAAAACAGUGAUUUAUUGGGUGGAGAGCGAUAUCCAAUGUCUGUCUUUAUAUGGCCUGUAUUAUGGUUAUAGUAGGACCCAUGUACCAAAGUGUCUGUAGCCUACGAUGGUACUCAAUCUUUGCGAGAGUUUUUGGGUUGUAUAUAAAAAAAGUUACUACAAAAUUAAAUUUCUUCUUAUUUAGUCGUGUUCAUCGGAAGAAUUCCACUUUUGUGAAAAGAGUUUUUGAAGAUUAACACAAUGGCAAAUCUGUGGAAUUAAAUACCGCUUUGUUCUGUUUUGUUUUGAAUCACAAAAGCGGAUGUAAUACAGCUUCAAAUCUUUCACGAAAAGUACGAAAAAAGAAUUAGUUAGGUCAAAUAAAGUGGCUUGCGAAAAAGUUCUUUACCCUAGGUGGAGUAGGGUAGCAAGGCUCUCGGGAGUUUCAUUCUACUUGCCUUGUUUUUCGUUGCGCAACAGUUAAGUCAUUUCUUCCUGUUUUGAGCAAAAAAAUUCCGGUAACUUAAUAUUUCAGGUUGUUCGAAUGAAGAUCCGCGGUGUGGCUUCAUUCAACAAUUCAGCUCUAACUAGUCACCUUUCAGCGUUGUCUCAUAGCAGAAGCUUUUUGAUAUAGUGACUAGUGGCAUCACGUCGAACUUCUAGGGCUGUUAGACCAAAAAUACAGCUUCCUUUAUUGCCUUACCCUUGCCUUUUCCUUUAUCACACAAGGUUCGUACAGAGUUUUGAAUACUUGAAAAAGUCUUGAAAUUUGUCCAGCUAUUUUCCAGACCCGGAAAAGGCUGGAAAAUAGAGAUGAAGUCUGGGAAAAAGGAUCAGAAGUCGAGUUUUUUUUCUCAA